GAGCUAAUGAAGUCCUGCUUGUCAUCGGCGGCUUUGGCAGCCAGCAGUCACCUAUAGAUGUUGUGGAAAAAUACGACCCGAAGACUCAGGAGUGGAGUUUCUUGCCGAGCAUCACCCGUAAGAGGCGCUAUGUUGCUACAGUGUCCCUGCAUGAUAGGAUCUAUGUGAUUGGGGGGUAUGACGGUCGCUCUCGUCUCAGCUCAGUGGAGUGCUUGGAUUAUACGUCAGAUGAGGAUGGUAUCUGGUACUCUGUGGCUCCGAUGAAUGUACGGCGAGGCUUGGCAGGAGCCACAACCCUUGGAGACAUGAUCUAUGUUUCCGGUGGGUUUGAUGGAAGCCGACGUCACACCAGUAUGGAACGAUAUGACCCGAACAUUGAUCAGUGGAGUAUGCUGGGAGACAUGCAGACAGCACGGGAAGGAGCGGGCCUUGUUGUAGCUAAUGGAGUUAUCUACUGCCUGGGUGGCUAUGAUGGGCUGAACAUACUGAAUUCUGUAGAGAGAUAUGAUCCCCACACUGGACACUGGACAAAUGUCACCCCAAUGGCCACUAAGCGCUCAGGGGCUGGAGUGGCUCUGCUGAAUGACCACAUUUACGUGGUUGGUGGAUUUGAUGGGACGGCACAUCUCUCCUCUGUGGAAGCCUAUAAUAUUCGCACUGAUUCCUGGACAACUGUAACAAGCAUGACAACCCCCCGCUGCUACGUCGGGGCUACUGUGCUGCGGGGCAGGCUGUAUGCAAUCGCUGGAUACGAUGGCAACUCACUUCUGAGCAGCAUUGAGUGCUACGAUCCCAUCAUUGACAACUGGGAAGUGGUAACCUCCCUGGGGAUGCAGCGCUGUGAUGCUGGAGUCUGCGUCCUUCGGGAGAAAUGA